CGCGGACAGCCGGGAGCGCCGCCGCCAUCCCUCCUCCUUGAGGCUGCCCGCGGGGGGAUGCGAGCGGGGCCGCCGCUGCUGCCCGCCCCGCCGCACGAUGUAGCCACCCUCGGCCCCGCACAGCCCCGCACCGCCUCGCUGGGAGCCCGCAGGAGGAGCUCUGGGGCAUGGAGGGGAAGGAGAGGUGAGGAGAGCCGGUCCCCGUGCACCCUGCCCCACGCCGCACCUUGGAGCGUCCAGCCUGAGGGGGACCAGAGAUGCCUCUGGGGAUGAAUAAGCAUGGAUCUCGCUCUACUACCUCUUUGCCUCCGGACCCCACCGAGAUCGUCAGGAGCAAGGCCUGCUCCCGAAGGGUCAAGCUCAACGUGGGGGGGCUGGCCCACGAGGUUCUCUGGCGGACCUUGGACAGGUUGCCGCGGACCAGGCUGGGUAAGCUCAGAGACUGCAACACACAUGACUCCCUUAUGGAGAUCUGUGAUGACUACAACCUGGAGGAGAAUGAGUACUUCUUUGACAGGCAUCCCGGGGCAUUCACCUCAAUCUUGAACUUCUACCGUACUGGCAAGCUGCACAUGAUGGAGGAGAUGUGCGCCUUGUCCUUCAGCCAGGAGCUGGACUACUGGGGGGUGGAUGAGAUCUACCUGGAGUCCUGCUGCCAGGCCCGCUACCAUCAGAAGAAGGAGCAGAUGAAUGAGGAGCUGAAGAGAGAAGCUGAGACACUGAGGGAAAGGGAAGGGGAGGAAUUUGAUAACACUUGCUGUGCUGACAAAAGGAAAAAGCUCUGGGACCUCCUGGAGAAGCCCAACUCCUCCGUAGCGGCCAAGAUUUUGGCAAUCAUUUCCAUCAUGUUUAUUGUACUAUCUACAAUUGCCUUGUCCCUUAACACACUUCCUGAACUACAAGGCGUGGAUGAAUUUGGGCAGACCACAGAUAAUCCCCAACUUGCCCACGUGGAAGCAGUGUGCAUUGCAUGGUUUACAAUGGAAUACCUCUUGCGGUUCCUAUCCUCGCCUAAGAAAUGGAAGUUUUUCAAAGGCCCACUGAAUGCAAUUGAUUUGCUAGCUAUCUUACCGUACUAUGUCACUAUCUUCCUCACAGAAUCCAAUAAAAGUGUACUUCAGUUCCAAAAUGUACGACGAGUGGUCCAAAUAUUUCGGAUUAUGAGGAUACUCCGGAUUCUAAAGCUUGCCCGGCACUCAACAGGUUUACAGUCCUUGGGGUUUACACUGAGGAGGAGUUACAAUGAGCUUGGAUUACUCAUCCUGUUUUUGGCCAUGGGCAUUAUGAUCUUUUCCAGUUUAGUGUUUUUUGCAGAAAAGGAUGAGGAUGAUACAAAAUUCAAGAGCAUCCCAGCUUCUUUCUGGUGGGCAACGAUCACCAUGACAACAGUAGGCUAUGGAGACAUCUACCCCAAAACACUUUUAGGUAAAAUAGUAGGAGGACUGUGUUGCAUCGCUGGAGUGCUGGUGAUCGCUCUUCCCAUCCCAAUUAUUGUCAAUAACUUCUCUGAGUUCUACAAAGAGCAGAAGAGGCAGGAGAAAGCCAUUAAGCGCAGGGAAGCUCUUGAAAGAGCAAAAAGGAAUGGCAGUAUUGUUUCCAUGAACAUGAAGGAUGCGUUUGCCCGUAGUAUAGAACUCAUGGACAUUGUGGUUGAAAAGAAUGGAGAAAGCAUAUCCAAAAAGGAUAAAGUUCAGGACAAUCAUUUAUCUCCCAGCAAAUGGAAAUGGACCAAGAGAACACUCUCUGAAACUAGUUCUAGUAAAUCUUUUGAAACUAAGGAACAAGGGUCUCCAGAAAAAGCCAGGUCAUCUUCAAGUCCCCAGCACCUGAAUGUCCAACAGCUAGAGGACAUGUAUAACAAAAUGGCAAAGACGCAGUCCCAGCCGAACCUUAAUACAAAGGACUCGAGUCAACCUGGAAAGCAAAAAGAAGAGCUAGAAAUGGAAACCCUUCCUGGCCCUAUGGUGCCCUUGCUGACAACUCGCACUGAUGGGAUCGUUGACAUGAGGAGCAUGUCCAGCAUCGACAGCUUCAUAAGCUGUGCAGCGGAGUUCCCUGACUCCGGGAGGUUUUCCCACAGCCCGCUCACUACCAUUCCCUGCAAAGGUGGCAUUAAUGUGAUUCAGGAGCAGAGCAGGCCGGAGGGGAGCAGUGCCAGAUAUGUGGACAUGAACCCAAGCUCCGAAGGCAGCCACCGUUCUGCUUUUUUCAUAGAGAGUCCCAAAAGCUCAGUAAAGGCCAGUAACCCUUUAAAACUAAGAUCUCUGAAAGUCAACUUUAUGGAAGAGGACGCCGGCGCAUUAGUACCAGCAUCAAAUGUACUGAGAUUAUAUUCAGACCCUCUCAAGAGCCGGGGAGCUGCUGGCACAGAUACUUCCUUACUCUCUGACAGAUCUCUCAUGAGCCCAGAAACCUCGAUCUACACAACCGCGAGUGCGAGGACACCCCCAAAGUCACCAGAGAUGCAGUCAGCCAUAGCUUUCAACUUCCAUGAUGCUGGUAUACACAAAUACAUAGAUGCUGACACUGAUGAUGAAGGUCAGCUGCUUUAUGAUUCAAGUCCACCCAGAAAUGUGAGUCCCAAGUACAAUGUUACAAACAGUAGCUAUCUAAAGCAAAAAGACAAUGUUUAUAGAACAGACAAGAACCAUCUAGAAGCUGCUGCUUUACCCACCUCCCCUAAGCUGAUAGGGCAAAACUGCAUUUACUCUAUGGAAGGUAUCUCUGGAAGAACCCAGGGCAAUCAGGAGACUGUCAGACUAGAUAAUCACAUUUCCCCAGAAGUCCAUGUAUUACCAGGCAGUGGAGGACAUGCUAACACACAUGAUCAAAGCAUCUGAGAUGGGCUCCAAAAGAACUAACUGAAAGUUUAAAGGAAUGUCUUUACAGUCAACACAAAAAAAAGAGCUUCUGCAUGGCAUGAACUUGGCUGAAACAACCUACCUGUUUCUAAAAGUCUGGGGGAGGUCCAGUGUGGGUUUGUGAAAAUGUCCUUCUCUGAAACAACUCUAAAGACGUUGCCCACAUCUGUCAAAAAUAAGGAUUGCAAAUCAUGAUCACACAUUGAUCUCCUUUCAUGUUGUCCAGUGAAGCCAAUGUGACCAAAUAUCCAUCCAUUCCCCUUGAACACUAGAGCUCCUUUUGGAAAUAUUAACAUCUGAUUUGCAUUAGUUCCAUAAAGGAUGCCAAGGCAGCCAGAUUUGAACUCUGGAAUAAAUUGCUGGGGUUGGUAUAAAGCUAUCAAAAACACAAUGCUCACUGCUUCAGGGCAGCUGUUCCCCAUCUACAUCUUUCUCUGAUGGAUAUUAUGUCUAAAGGUAACAGGGAACACUUGCAUUAUUGGAAAAUCCAAGUGAAAACCACUUAAAACAAAUAACAGUCUAGAGAAACCAAUUAUUAAAAUGCUCUGUGUGUGUUUAAACAAUAUGAUAUCCUGUAGGACCUGACGUUUUCUUUUGAAGUAUCAGCAGGGUGAGUUGCACCACUUGUAUCUAAUUCCAAACAUCCCCUAGAACAUAGUGAAACUUGCACUUACCCUCUGCUAGAGAUCGAUACCUGCCCCAGGGCCAGCGUGUGGCCCGCGGGGGGACCCACAGCCCACGCUGGGAAGGUGUGAAGGAGCCAUGCAGAAGCAGGACUCUCCGGAGGCAUCGCAGCCAGACUCCCUUCCCGGUGCAGGAGAGCACAGGGGUGGAAGGAGAGCUCAGCUCUCGCCUUGCCCUUCCGUGGUGGGGAGAUGCUCGCUGCCCUGCCCCGCGGGGACGUGCCGGGGGUACCAGGGUGGCUCCCAGGUCUCCUCUUCCCACCGGCACGCUGACUCCAGGCGUCAGCCAAAGUCUCGCCCUUGGUGUAGGAGAGGAACCGGUCGGUUUGAAGCUUUUUGUGCCCGAGUGGCGCAGUGAAAGAUAUGCAAGUGUAACAUAAAUAUGCAAAUAGAGGGAUUUGUUAGCGACCCGCCCCGGGCCUGGCUGUGCUCUCUCUCUUGAGGAGGUCUGGCAGGAGAGGCUCCUGUGAAGCAGCUGUGAGAGACAGGAGACUCAGGCCUGAUGUUUUAAUAACAUCCAGUCAUUUUUAAAUGAAACAAGAAAAGAAAAAAAAAAAGAAAAAUAAAAAAAGGGAUCUGACCAUUUUAAAUGAACAGAACUAGCAGCCACCAGCCUAGGUUUUUAAAAUCUUAUUGUUUCAAUAAAGUUAUGUCAAAUUGUGUAGGAAAUAAUUUGUCUUUGGUUUUUAAUCUCGGGAGGGGGGGAAAAGCACUUUACGUUGACUUUCUGUUGCUGUUGUUGCGAUGCUGGAGUAGGAUAGCAGAGUGUAACAAUCAAGCACUUUAACCAAGCACUACUUUAAUUUGUGCCUCCUGUUGUGAUCGUGAUUUGUUACACGCCUGUAGCAAGUCACAACCUGUCCUGUGAUAACUGUGAUGGUAAUCCUUUAUGUUGUUCUCUGUUUCUACUGUAAAAACUCAAUUGUAAAUAACUCUGUCAAUGAGCGUUUCCUGACCUAUCUCUGAGUACCUGCCGGGGCAUGUAAAGAUCUGCACAUAGCAGGUCCAGGGACGUGCUGAGACAUGGGACAUGGGAGCAGAGGUGCACAGGCGGGAGGAAGACCCCGAGCCGCUCGAGUCUGCUGCAUUUUGUUCCUACCUAUUGUAAAAACAAAAGCCGUUGGUUAGUCCUGAAUGUAAAUGUCCGUCCGUCCAAGCUGUACAGUACUUCUGUCUGUAAUCCGUAAUAGUGAAUGCAGCAUGUACGGACAAAAGCAAUAAGCACAUAUAUGUUUUAGGAACUAUUAUGGGUUACAGUGAUAGCUUUGGUAGGUCUCUCCUUGGCACAAAACUGUACACACGUUGGCAUUAACUCUGCUCUGCUCAGCCGACCCCAUCCCCGGGUGGUGGGACACAGCCCGAGGUACCUGCUCAGAAGUCGCCCUUGUGUCACAGCAAGGCAAGAUGCUGGGGAAGGCACAGUAAGACCUGAGCCACCACCUCAGGAAUUAGCCUGCUGGCAGAGAAAGAAACCUCAUGCCAUGCAAAGAGUGACACAGGAGGCACUCACAGUGAGUCCAAGGCACCUAUGUGUGCAAGUGAUCCUCUCCAAAGUAUUUACACGGGGCCAGUUCCUGAGGUUCAUUAGCUUUUACUCUGCCUUCCCUCAGCCAACACCACCAUUCCUCUGAGUGGGCUCUUUGCCUGGUGAAGGACUUUAGGAUUUGGCCAUAGUAAAUACAAGUGUACUUAGAGGAACCUAUGUAUUGCUGAGAUAUUAGUUAAGAUUGAGUCGUCACGAAAAAAGCAAAGUGACUUUCCAGCAGAUAAGCUUUAAAUACCGAUAUAUUCUGUGGCUUUCCGAGGCCAUAGAGCAGCAAUGAGAAAUCUUAAAGAGAACAGUCUUAACAUAAUCUCUGUGUUUCAGUGAUCACUCAUGUCUGCCAUCAGCACAAAUGUAAAAAGAGGAAAAAUCAGGGAAAAAAUUUUUGAUAAAGUAAGUAAUACUGAAUUCCAAGUUAAAUAUUUUUAGAGCUGAUGCUUUCACAUGGGAAAAAAAAGUCAUAUUUUACAUUUCACAAAAGUGAACGUAUUUAAAUAUAGCCAUAUAGUGUAGUAUUUACCACACUCUCAUCCAAAUUAGUGUAUUUGGUUUAUAGAUGGCACUGACAAAAAUGUAUAGAUCAACAAUUCUAUCAUUUUAUAACUGAUAAUCAACUGGUGCAACUCUCCUUGUAACCAAAGGCCCUCUGUCUGCCUUGUGUGAUCACUCAUGACACACACCUUAUAUCAUCUAUUUAGUCCUACCUUUAAAGUAGCAUUUUAUUGAGUCACUUUUGAAAGCCAAAUUCAAAAGUAUCAUUAAAAAUCUACCUUUUAAGUCUGAAUAGCCAAAGUCCUAUAGAUUUCUUAUAGAAAGCAAAUAAUUUAAAAUUAAGCAUAUAAUAUGCUUGAAGAGCAUUUCUUUCUUAUUUGUGUAUGAAGAUGUAGCUCUCAUUUUGUGCCCAGUUAAAAAGGAAGUAUGUUUAAUUUAUUUUAAUGAAAUAAAGUCUGAAUAUGAAGUAUGUAUCUAUAUAUGUGUGUGUGUGCAUAAUACACAUAUAUAUAAUGUAAGCACUGGGAAAUCUACUCUAACAUAAAGCUAUGAUAGACUAAAUCUGUACUCAUUACAAAAGGAAAGGCAGUGCUUUGAAAACAUAAUGCUCACCAAAUCCUAUAGACACUAGAAAGACGAUUUCAUUUUAUAGUUUGUUUGACACAUUUCCCAAAGCUCAUAACAGUUGGGGAAAAUAUGCAAUAUCUCUUGCAUCGAGCUAAAGCGUGCAGUUUAAUCACUGAUAUUUGGCAUUCAGGUCUGCGAAUUUACUGUGCAUCAUGUAUCAAGCAAGCUGACAGAGUUUCACCUGCUGCUGCAGAAGACAUCAUAUCUGAAAGGACUGUGUACGUGUGAUGUCUGCACUUGCUUGUACCUUACACCAUCAACAUAGUUUUUAAUACAUACAUAUAAAUAUAUAUAUAUAAAUAUACAUAUGCAGAAGGAAUGGGUGCAGUUUUCUUAACCAGGAGGCAAAGAUCCUUUGAGUUUUAGCCUUGAACAUGGGAAAACAGCAGUCACAUUGCAGUAGAUUUCUCAGUGCCUUUUCUUAGAAACUUCACCUAAGCACACUUACAGAACAAUAAAAACAAAACAAAAGAGUCUCCUGUGAAAUCCACAUUUUUCUAAAAGGUUUGGAA